GAGGCUGCAUGUGCGGGCGCGGGUUGGCGAGCGGGGCUGGGCGGGCGGCGAGGAGCGGCACGGAGCGAGGCGGCGCGGCCGGAGCCGGCGAGCAGCCUCGCUCACCGCCGGGAUUUAUGGAGGUGCUGAGGAGCAGCUCUGCGCCCCGCAGCCACCGGCAGCCCUCCCCGUAGAGCAGCGCCCGGCCUCCUCGCCUCGCCUCACCAGGCCUCGCCUCGCCCGACACCCCGACCCUCCGACCCAACCAUUCAAGGCUCCCGUGCAUGGAUCUCCUCAGCGAGGGACCGCUGCCCCACGCCGCCCCGUAGGCCCCCGGCCCCCCGUGCCCCCCUCAAGUACUCCACAUACCCCGAUGGGGUAACGUGACGGGGGUCAGCCUCCCGCCACAGACACCCCCCACCACAUGCAGAGGCCUUUCUAGAGCCCCGCGGAGCGCGGCACCGGCGGCCGCUCGCCGUCGCACACGCGCCGAGGACGCCGACACUACAGCAAAGGGAUUUGGCUUCUUUAGGGUUUUUAAUUAUUAUUAUUAUUAUUACCAUUAAUAUUAUUUUUCCCCCCUGUCUGGCUUUUCCCCCCACGAGGGGUUUGAGGUGUGUGGAGGAAGCCGACGCGCUCCCAGGAGCUGGGAUUAUUUGCACAACGUCUGUACAUUGAGUUCUCGAUCCUGUUUUGGUUAUUUUUUUCUUAUUGAAGUGCAGAGGGGUUCUCAUUUCUUUGGGGUUUGGUUUUUUUUGCCCCCUCCACGCCAAGCUUUUUGUGAGUUUUGCCCUCACUACCGUCAGCACCACCUCACUUUUCUCCCAUCCCACCAUGGCCCGGAUGAACCGCCCUGCGCCGGUGGAAGUCUGCUACAAAAACAUGAGGUUCCUCAUCACCCAUAACCCCACCAAUGCCACGCUCAGCACCUUCUUGGAGGACCUGAAAAAAUACGGUGCCACCACGGUUGUGCGAGUGUGUGAAGUGACCUAUGACAAGACCCCCCUGGAGAAGGACGGCAUCACCGUCAUGGACUGGCCCUUUGAUGAUGGAGCUCCUCCUCCCAGCAAGAUCGUGGAAGAUUGGCUCAACUUGCUGAAGACCAAGUUCUGUGAAGACCCCGGGUGCUGCGUGGCCGUGCACUGCGUGGCUGGCUUAGGGCGUGCUCCCGUCCUGGUGGCUCUGGCCCUGAUUGAGAGCGGGAUGAAGUACGAGGACGCCAUCCAGUUCAUCCGACAGAAGCGCCGAGGAGCCAUCAACAGCAAGCAGCUGACCUACCUGGAAAAAUACCGACCAAAGCAGAGACUCCGAUUUAAGGACCCUCAUAACCACAAGAACAAAUGCUGCAUCAUGUAACCUCAAUGACCUCUUGCCAAAAUCCGUGCACACAGACCUUCCCCAACCCUCAGGCACUCGCACGCAUCCCACUCCCUCACCUCCUCGCUCAGCCCCACUGAGCACCCCACACGUCACCCCACUGCUGGGGCUGAGGGGGAACACAGGGCUCCACUGAUGUGUUCCAGCACCCACAGCAUGGUUGUGUGCGACAGACAUCCCAAACACAGGCUGCUCUCUCCAGAUACAGCCCCGAGGAAGGAAGGUGGUGCUGCCCUGUGACUCCUGGCAUUAGCAGAUGAUGAGCUCACCUGACAGUUCUUCGUCGCCUUCCUCCUCCUCCCUUUCCCCUCCUGUUGCACUGAGAGGAUGGGUGAAGGGUUGGGGGGAUGCAGGCAGAGCUGUGCCAGCUGAGAAGGGAUGGGGAGCAGGAGGGCUGGAGCACCCCCAGGAAAACCCUUUCCCACCUUUUCCCUUUAAUUAAGGGCUGCAGCAGCGGGGAUGGAGGCAGGGAGGGCACAGUGGCCUUCAGGGGGGAGAUGGUGAUGGCAGGGAGAAUUGAAGGGGGCUCCUAGCCUGGUGCUGGCCACAUGGCCAUGGGAAGGGCUGAGCAGAGUCCCUUCCCAGCACCAUUCCCUUUCUCCUGGCCACUCUACCACUCCUCCAUCUCCUCAUUGCUGUGAUGCCAGCCAGGGUGCUGCGAAUGGGGCUCGUUGGGGGCUGCAGCAAAGGCACUGGGAAAUGUAGGGACUGUGGCAGGGCUCUCAGCCCCUCAGCUUUGCCAAGGUGCAGGGUCAGCACCGAGUGUCCCCCAAAGUGUGGGGUGCUCUUAUUUAUAGCUUCCAAAUUCAAUGCACAGGGUGGUGGGUUCUCUCCUGUCGUGUCCCCAUCGCUGAACCAUGGCUGCGAUGCCCCAGGGGACACAAUGUGCAUCUCAGGGCACAUCCACGUCCUCCACUGCUGUGUUGGCUGGCCAAGGGGCUGGGCUGUAGCUUUCCUGGUGGGGGGGGGAUUUUGGGUGCUCCUGGCAAGAGCACAUCACCAAAUUUUGCACCUGCCUUUCUCACAUCUGCCUGGCACCCCAAACCCCUCCCCUGGCACGUGCCCUGGUGGGUUGGACUCAGAGCUGCCCCUGAGCUGGGACGUGAACCACCUCUCAGCUCUCUGCCUUUGAAGGCUUGCAGCAGCAGUGGGCACGGAGGGGACAUGGGGCUGGGUUGUUUGGGUUUAUUUUCUUUUGACAAGGAUAAGAAGAAAUUUGCUAAUUAAAGGAAAAAAAAACCAACUUGAAAGCUUGUCUUCCACAUGUGCUCUGGCCUUUCUUUCUCCCAUUGGAACUCCCCAUCUGCUGUCACCAG